CGCCAAUUGUCUAGCACCUCACCGUCAUGGCUACUCAUCGCCACUACUACCAGCCCUCCGCUGCUAUGCACAUGCCCUCCAAGGCACCGGUGCCAGCCAGCAUGUAUCCGGUAUCUCGACUGCCAGGUUCGCCACCAGACUAUUCUGACGCCAGCACCACUGCCGGCAGCCGUUCCUCUGGCGGGCUCACCUUCAGCUCCGCUGGCGGCGAUUACGACUACUCCAGCUCGGCGUCGUACUCUGGCGUUGACGUCGUGGACGUCUUGAACGACCGCAUGCAGAAUUCAUUCGACCCGACACCACUUGACAGAGGAAUGGCGAAGCAGGCGCAAACAUCCGGCCAUCUUAACGCAAAGCAGCAAGAGCUGCUAGAACUGCAAGCCCUAGCCCAGCGCCGUCUGAAAGGCGUGCGAGCCAACUUCAACGAAGGACUCAAGACCGCCCGUGAGACGAAGAGAGAUCUGGAAUGGACCCAGAAGCGCGUCAGCGCGCUGAAGAGCAAGGCCGAAAAGGCCCACCCGGAAGAAUACCGGCGGGCCGCGAAGAAGUACACCUAUGAUGAGUACUGAUUCGGUGGUGGACCCCCUGAGCCACCCCUGUAGUGUGUUUCAAUGCUUAAUCUGACGACUGUGAUGAAUUUCGGACAAACCCGGGACUAUUUGGGAAUAUGGGACGGACUGCUUUGCUAUUUUGGGUUGCGAUUGGCGUGUGAGUGGUUUUUGUGUGUAUAGCUC